AGCUGCAAAGUCGUUUUAACAAAUGUGCUUCAAAACAUUUUAAAUUUCAAAUGUUUUGAUACGAAAUUACUGUAGGUCUUUCAACAACAGUUCUUGCUGUUUUAAAAUGUAGCGUAAAUCUGUUGUUGAUAAAGGCAUCGAAAUAUGCAGGAAUCAGAGUCUAGAGAUGAUAAAAUAGCGCAGUUAUCGGAGGGCUUGCUCGAAGCUUCAGAGAGAAUUGCAGGAAACGAGAGGAAAAUUCUGUAUGAUAAAGGUCUGCAAUUCAAGAGAAAUUCUUCCUAUGCCCGUGCACUGCAGUGUUUUCUGUGUUGCUUGCAAGAUAUUGAACAAGAUGACUCAUUCUCAGAACUGCCGUAUUGUCUUCACAAUAUUGCUGAGAUAUAUAGCAAGCUAGGGGAGUAUGAGAAAGCAAUUCAGUUCGUGCAAGCAGAGAAGUUGUUUUAUGAAACCGCGCUUAUUCAGGCUGGGAAAGAUGAUGCAAAUGAACAAGACCAGAAUGAAAAGUCGUCUGAGACUGCUGAUACAGAUGUGCCUCCAGAUGAGGCACAGAUGGCAAAUGAAUAUGAAAAGUUAUCACAAAUGUGUUUGAAACAAAACAAUGUUCCACUUGCUUUGGAGUAUGCAGGGAAGGCAACUCAAUUGCGUAAGAAGGUCUAUGGUGACACACAUCCUAUAACAACCAAAAGUUUGACCCAAUUUACUUUGAUUUAUGCUGAAAUGGGAAAAGAGCAGUACACUGCUGCAAUGGAGAAAUAUUCAAAGCCUGUUCAAGAACAUGUGAAAACUGAAGUUGAGAUGACUGAAAAACAAUCUGAAAUUGGUGCAAAUUUUGCUGAGGAGGAAAAAACAUCUGAAAAUAAUGAAUUAAAUGAUGACAGUCAGAAAGAGCAGACUCUUCUUGAAUCCAACAGCAAGAGGAAUGAAAGUGAAAAUCCUGAGAAUAAUCAAGAAUCUAAAUCAUCCUGUCCACAGCAAAGAAAAGUCACCAGCUGUGGAACAAUCCUGAUGCUAUAUUUUGUUUUUUCAUUGCUCAUAACUAUUGCCUUUACCAUUUUUCUUUGUUACAAGUACGACACAGAUGUCAAUGCUCUGCAUUCGUAUCUUGUACAACGACUAAAAUACUAUUAUUACUUCUACUUCAACUCAUCAAUUCCAGGUGUGAAGUUCAUGUAAAGUUUUUAGUAACCGAUAGCCUUCAA